CCGACGCGGCCAAAUCCACAAGGGCUUGGGUCAUGCGAUGGCCGCGAUGCCCGGACCGUUUUAUAACACCGCCCGCUCUCUCUCUUUGUCUUUUCUUGGCUGUUGUUUUGAACAAACCCUACCAGUUCAUUCGUUUUGACCUGCUUCAGUCGUUUUUCGGUGAUACGUGAUAGCGUCUAGACAGUAGACCAUGGCUCCGGCUCCUAAGAACACUAACAGAGGCGAUCAACCUCCGGCUUAUGGAGAGACGUCCUCACCACCUCAACCGCCCCAGCCAGCGUACGGAAGAGAUGGGGGCUAUUAUGGCUACGACCAGAACCAGCCAAACUACUAUCAACAGGGCAUUCAGAGCCCUCAAGGCCAGCAGGCAUACUACCAGCCCGGUCCGCAAAUGAGCUAUUAUAACCAGCAGCAGAGCCCUUUUCCAGGCCAAGGUCAAUAUUACGGCGGAGGUCAAUAUCCAGGCCAAGGCCAGUAUCCCCAAGGCCAAAAUACCUAUGUUCAAUACCCUCAAGGCCAAUACCCCCAAGGUCAAUAUUACCAAGGAAAUCAGCGGCCAGGAUAUGUCUCAAGUCGGCCUCCCAACAAUGGAAGUACUGGUUUCUUGGAGGGACUGGCAAUUGGCACGGCUUGCUGCUGCUGUCUGGAUUGCUUAUUGUGUUGAUCUUUCUGAGAAGGAAAUGUAUCAUGGACGUUUGGGACAAGUAAUGGGUGGGGAUCUGGUCUUUCAGGCUCGGAGUUGAACGGAAUAGGCAUACGGAGCCUAGAAAUCGCUGAUCACAGCGGACAGGGAUGGUUUAUAUGGCGUUUGGCGCAUGUACGAAGUCUGGCUUCGUGUUUUCCUUUUCAUUUUCCCCAUUUGAUGCUACCGGGCGAACACGACUGCGCUUCCUAUAUCCCGGUGAACCUGCAACUUGACUC